AAAUAAGACUGUUCCAGAGCACCAUGUAAAAAUAAAGACUAGGCCUGUCAUUAAAAGUGUGUGAUGUAAUUUAUGUGUUUUUGUGUGACAGUUUGUUCCUAGUGUGAACAUUUGUCUUCUGUAAGAAUGAAAGUCGUGUGAUGAUUCACAUGCCAGAAGAAGAGUUAUUUUCUCUCCUCUACGAUAACAUUGACAUGUUGUGCAUCAUUCACUGUCAGCACUAACCUGCAUACCUACAUAUCACACCAACAAUCCCCCUCCACCUCUCGCUGUCAGUCACACACACAAAUAAACCUCAAGAUGAGUGAAGCUCUGUCUCGUACAUAAUGUACUGCAGAGAACAAGAGAAUAAAGACAAUCAGUGGAACACAGUUUGACAGCAGGAAAAGAGCAACAUAAUGACAUCAGAGAACAGACCCUUUAAAGAUGAGGACCUCAUGGUCAUCAAAAAUAGUACCAAACUGCACAGCACCAAGGGUCACUGCCAUAUCAAAAGCCGCUCCACGAGGAAUAAAGUCUCGUCCAAAGGGAAACCGUUUGACAUGAUAUAUGUAGUUGGAGGCUGGAGUAAAGAUGACCCAUCCUGUCCAGUUGAGCAGUUCUGCCCCCAGUAUAAUGAGUGGAAAAUGACUGCUCCCAUGCUCCAUCCCCGCAAUGACCCAGGGGUGUGUGCUCUGGGCGGAGCCAUCUAUGCUGUGGGUGGGUCUGAUGAUGUCACCUGUCUAAGCAGCGUGGAGAGGUGACUGUUUACGUCAACUUCUGUCAUCAUUCAAAUAGUG